GUGAGAAAACAAAAGAGAUAGACGAGUUGGCCUAUGCGAGCGCCGUAGGUGGCAGAGUAGUGGAGUUAGCCGCACUCCUCAUGGUGGCAGCAGAGAGUGUAAACUCGUCGCUUUUGGUGCUACACGACGCCGAUUCGGGGUGCAAAGAGGAAACUACGAUUUACGAGUGCGUGAUCAGGGAGGCCUUGUCAUUGGGCCGCACUACGACUCCGUGUUUGCGGGCUGCCAAACGAAGCAGUGUACCGACGAAGAGUGAGUCUGCCAAGAAGAGGAAACUCCUGCUUUGUGAAAUAGAGUUGCUUCAGCUCUUUGGCGCCGUUUCCUAUAGAAGCUGCACGGACAAGAAGGUGACAUCGCCAUUGAUACUCGCGGCUCAGACAUUCCAUGGCAUGGAGGACGGACGAGUUUUUGUCGCUCGGACUUUUAUAUCCCCCGUUAAACCAAUAAAGAAAAAAUAUAAUCCACGGAAUAAAAAAAAUCUCUUCAGUUUGUUGGAGAGCAAUUUGGACAAAGGGAACUUUUCGUACAGUCAACAGUGUUUUUGGUGCGUACUGUGUAACCAGGGGCUUUAUUUUUCACAGGCUGGAGAUGAAGCUGUGAUGGAGCUACUUCUGAAAUCAAAUAUAGAUGUAAAUGAUAUUGAUGCUGAAGGAAAUACUGCUCUUCAUUUCACUCUCAAGGCAUCUAUGGGCUCGUGUCAACAUGUGCAGCAGAAUAGGAUAGUGGGGCUCCUCCUGAAACAUGGUGCCCGAGUGAACCAAAAAAAUAAGCUGGGGUUAACUGCCGUUCACCUUGCUGCUGCUAGUGGCAAUUUACAGGCACUGGAGGUCCUUCUGUUGGAAGAAGCAGAAUGUAUAAACUCCAAAACAAUAAUGAAGGAAACCCCACUUUUUUUUGCCGCUAAGAAUGAUCAUUUGGACUGUGCUGAGCUCCUUUUGAGUCAGGGAGCCAACAGUGAAGUCCUAAAUUUGCGGAGAGAGAGACCAAUAGACUUGGCAGUGUCGCAAGACAUGCGUUUUUUGCUUAAUGCAGCCAAUAUUUGUCACAGGAACCGUGCUUUGGCCACCCAGCAGAAAUAUAAUGCUCUGGAAGGAGAUGAAAUUUCAGAAACUUGUGAAGUGCUACUGUCCAUGAAUGAAGAAGGCAGCGAUUUCGAUAGAAUCUGCUCGAAUAUGAAGAUCGAGAUUUGUAAGUAUUUUGAAUCUCCUAGUGGAUGCGUCAGAGGAGCCAAGUGUUUUUAUGCUCACGGAGUUCAGGAGCUUGGGAAGACGAAACCUGGAGUGAGCUGGAUUCAUUCUGCCACAGCCGAGGACUUCAAACGUAAAAUUUUUGUAGGAGGCCUUCCUCUAACGGUGGACUCUGACUCAUUGAGGGAGUUUUUUGAAGAGCAUUUUGGGCCAGUUGAAGAUGCCAGAGUUGCAGGAUUUCAAACGGGAAAGCAGAUACAGUCUCGAGGAUUUGGCUUCGUAACCUUUGUACAUGAAGAAUCUGUUUCUGAGGCUGUUGAAGCCCGCUAUGUAACCAUUAUGGGCAAGAAAGUUGAGAUUAAAAGUGCUAUCCCAAAAUUUCUUGUGCUUGCUGAGCUGCAGAAACAAGCAGCUCAACGGCGAGAAGCAAAUAAUAAGGACCAGUCUCAACUACAGGCACUGACGCCAGAUAAGAAGACUACAGAAGAAAUGUCUGCCCGAAAGAUUGAAGAGGAGAUACCCACUAGGAAGAGCGUAGAAGAGAUGCCAUGUAGGGAGACAUUAGUCGAGGAAAAACCUGAACAACAAUCUUGGGCUGAUAGAUUGCUUCUUUGUCAGCCAAUGACAAGUGCCACUGAGUCUCAAGCAGAUGUCAGCACCCCUUCUGGGGACCAAAACAUGCCCAAAUGGCUCAGGAUUUUCAAAAAGUGGCUCCCUCGCUUCUUACAACAUGUGUAUAAGUUUCCCAUUGAAGGAGAAUAUGCUCUCUCAUCUCUGAAAGCAGAUUUCAAGGCUGCUUUUCAACUAGAAAUGGAUCAUGCCUCUCUCGGGUAUCCAAAACUCAGUGACUUUGUGAGGACCUUCCCCGAUAUUUGCACCGUGAAGUCUGGGACUUUGAGUAACAAUAGAUCUCCUAAUCACAUGGUGCUGCUGCCUAGCAGCAUACCUAAGCCAAAACUGGAAGUUCUCCAGCAACUGAAAAAGCACCACCCGUCCUUCCCAGAAAAAUCAAUUGGUGACAGUGAUGACAGUGAUUCAUGUGAUUCCAAGUCACCUCAGGACCUUCCGUUGGGAUCUAGCGCAUCCACUGGCUUAACGACUAGAGGUAUCGAGGGAAAUUCAUCCCAUGAGGUCACUGAAGAUAGCACAGCCACAUCACGGAGAGAAAAUUCAGCACAUAGAAGUACAUCAUCUAGUGUGCCCCAAAUGUUUGCCCGGUUUACAAAUCCAGACAUGUUCUCUGUUUCCCAGAUAGCGUCAAAUCAGGGAGCUGAUGAAGGUUCAAGAGAUCAGAAUGACGGAAGAAGAUGGAUGGAGCCAUCCGCAGGAAUAAGGCUUAUGCUUCGCAACAGGCAUUUGGUUUUGCAGUGGCUAGCUAUAAAAAGAAAGAACACGUCAGUUUUCUUUCUUCGGGAGUUUGAUUUCUACCCUAAGUACAUGGCAAACCUUCGCCACGUAUUAUGCUUUGGCUGCAACUGGCAAAAGAUGAUGUGGGGGAACUUCCCCUGUAAACACUUGCUGUGGUGUGGUAAUUGUAAACAAGAAGUUGAACAAAUUGGCAGAUUCGAUCACAAAUGUGUGGUGUGCGAUAUGGAAGUGCACAAAAUGAAUUUAGUCAUCCCAAAAUUUGACGAGUUCCCUCCGUUGUACAAUUCUAAUAGACCAAAUCUAGAUAGAAGAAAUUUCCCAUGACAUGCCCAUGGAUAUAUUACUGUGAAGCACAAUAUAUGAAAAAGUCUAGGAAGGAAGUGGGUGUAGUGGAUGAAGAUGCCGCACCCAAAAGUAGAAAAGAAUAUGGGAGCUGGUGGUAAAUCUCCUCCCCAACAAAAAUUGCAGAAACUCGUAUUCAUAUAUUUUGUGGUGAAACAGAGGAGCCAGAAAUCUGUAAGUAUGCUAGUCUCAGGCAACCUUUCAACUAGUCUCACCAUUUAUCGAUUUCUUUUGCUGUUUUCAGAAAAAAAAAAAAAAGAAUGGUAACGUAGAUUGAUGAAAUAUAGUUGUCCAGAAUACUUUGCAUAAUUCUGUAGAAUCUGUCU